AUGCCAUUUGUGAAAACAGAUUUUUCCAUCCCUCUGAAUGAACUAAGGCGACAAUCUGCUAACAAAGAAGAGGAUCUAGCAGGAGGGACCAACUUUCGACCAAUCUGUUUGAAGUGCCGCGUUUUCAAUAGUUCUCCAGGAUCAGCAUAUGCAGAAUUUGGCGAGACCAAAGUACUCACUAGAGUGUAUGGGCCUAUCGAAGAUCCAAACGGCGACUUCUCUUCAGCCUCAUUAUCGCUAAAGAUGUUAGGUAUUCCGGCUUCUGUUCAAAUCGAAUCGCAAGUAUUGUCCAUGAUCAAAACAUGCGUUAUGGUACACAAAUAUAGUCAAUGUUCUUUCGAAGUCGAGGUAACCGCUCUAAACGAUGACGGUGGACUAUUGCAAUGUGUGAUGAUGGCAGUAUCACUAGCUCUAGCCGAUGCUAAAGUCCUUGUAUUAGAUAUGGUAGUUGCUGCUCAUGUUGCUCGUACUCCGUCUGGACAGUGGAUAGUGGAUCCAACUCGUCAUCAAGUUGUUCCCGGUUAUUCUGAGUGCACUAUAGCAAUGAUGCCGAACCAAAAUCAGAUAGUCUGUUGUGAUAUUCGAGGUGGACACGUUACUAGUUCUCAGGUUGAAGAGUUCAUUUCGUUCGCUACGGAUAAGGCAAUGAGGCUGUAUCCAGUGGUACGGAAAGCGUUACUAGCCACAAUUCCAGAAGGAGAUGCCAAUACUUGUUAA